AUGUCAAAAGUUAUUUUUUCUAUCGCUAGUAUUAGUUGGAAUGUUAACUCACAGAAAAGAUUCAUCAGACGUUUGAAGGACGCCUACAUAGUGAGUGACAACCUGAAGGUGAUAUACAACAAGAGAUGUUCGCUAGGCUACUGCAUGUCGGAUUGCCUGCACAACUGGAUAUGUGCCGGCUUCAACUUGCGAUCUGUGGCUUCUGGUAGUGGUGGUGGCUGCCUGAGUGAACUCAAAGAUGCAAGAAGCUGGUUGAGUUUUUCCCAUGUUAAUAAAAUUGGUGCUGGUUAUUGGAGUUACCCUAUUUUUGGAUAUGAUAACUAA